GUGACCAUCAGCUUUGCUGACCUUCAGAGUGAUGCCGACCUGAGCGCUCAAAUUGAAACGGGCUACGGAGAGGAUGGCCUGGGUAUCGUUGCAGUGACAGGGGUGCCAGAGUUGGCUAACCUUCGCCGCCGUGCCUUGCAGCAAGCCCACAAGCUCGGUCAACUGACCAAGGAACAGCUGGCCCAGUACGAGGUGCCCCCGUUCUUCCAACGCGGCUGGUCCUGCGGUCAGGAGAAGAUGAAGGAUGGCAAGCCCGACUUCAACAAGGGCUCCUUCUACUUCAACCCCGUGCGCGAUAGCUUUGAAGACGUGCCUACCGAAAAGAUUGAGAAAUACCCCACCUUCUAUGGCAACAACGUCUGGCCCGCAGACACUCUAGGCGCAGCUUUUGCGGACGACGUCCUUGCCUGUGCUCGCCUCAUGAUCAAGGUGGGUAGCCUUGUUGGUAAGCAUUGCGACGCUUUUGUUCAACGCCGUCUGCCCAAGGCCGACUCCGUCGUACAGACCACUGUUGAAACUUCCGAGCACCACGCCGCCCGUCUCCUGCAUUACUUUGCCACCAAAGCCCCGACCCCUGCGAGCUCCGCCCCCGCUGACGACAGCGAUGACAGCUGGUGUGGUUGGCACAAUGACCAUUGCACCCUGACUGGCCUCCUCCCAGCCCUCUACAUUGACGCCGCCUCCGGCGAACCCGUGGCCAACCCUGACCCCAAGGCUGGCCUCUAUAUCAAAAAUCGCAAGGGUGAUGUUGUCAAAGCAGCCCCACCAGCAGAUGCCCUCCUCUUUCAGAUUGGCGAGACGGCCCAGAUCAUGAGCGGCGGCUUGCUCAAGGCCACACCACACAUGGUUCAGGCCGUGAACGUUCCCAAUGUUGCUCGCUGCACCCUCGCCGUCUUCAUGGAACCU